AUGCCCGGGAAUGGAUUUCAGUGGCAUUUUGUCAAUGGUUUAUUAAAGAGCUACUUGUACAACAUAACAGCAAUAAAGUCAUACAUAAAGCCCUCAAAAAAUAUAGACUUUUAUAUUGUUCCUGUCCUCAAUAUUGAUGGGUUUGUGUACUCCUGGACUACGGAUCGCCUCUGGAGAAAAUCACGGUCACCCCAUAACAAUAGAACUUGCUUUGGAGUUGACCUCAAUCGAAACUUUGAUUCAAAAUGGUGCUCUAUUGGUGCAUCCACAAACUGUAGCAGCCUUACAUUCUGUGGAACUGGCCCAGCCUCCGAACCAGAGGUCCAUGCUGUGCAACAACUGAUGAACAGGCUGAAAUCUGACAUCUUGGGUUUCCUGACAAUUCAUUCCUAUGGACAACUCAUUCUUCUCCCAUAUGGCUAUACCCGAAAUCCCUCUGUUAACCAUGAAGAAAUGCUGUCCAUUGGGGAGAAGGCUGCUGCCAGACUGACACAGAUACAUGGCACAAAAUAUAGAGUUGGAUCAGCAUCUCACAUAUUAUAUAACAACUCUGGUUCUUCAAGGGACUGGGCUACUGACCUUGGAAUUCCUCUUUCAUAUACGUUUGAGUUAAGAGAUAACGGGACAGAUGGUUUUAUACUUCCAGCAGAUCAGAUCAAACCAACCUGUGAAGAAACCACAGUCGCAAUUUUAUCCAUUAUAGAAUAUCUUAAUGAAAAAUAUUUCAACAGUGCAUCAAUAAUUUUCUCUGGAACUCUGUGGAUAAACCUGAGCUUCUCAGUCCUAAUUGGCACAUAUUAUUCUUUGUUUUAA